CUUCACCCCUCCCUUCAACCCUCCCUUGACCUCUCCCUUCACACCUACCUUCACACCACCGUUCACCCCACCGUUCACCCCUCCCUUCACCCCUCCAUUCACCCCUCCCUUCACACCUCCCUUCACUCCUCCCUUCACACCUCACUUCACACCUCCCUUCACACCUCCCUUUUUCUCUCCCUUCACACCUCCCUUUUUCUCUCCCUUCACCCCUCCCUUCACCCCUCGCUUCACACCUCCCUCCUUUUUCUCUCCCUUCACACCUCACUUUUUCUCUCCCUUCACACCUCCCUUCACCCCUCGCUUCACACCUCCCUUCACACCUCCCUUCACUCCUCCCUUCACACCUCACUUCACACCUCCCUUCACCCCUCCCUACACCCCUCCCUUCAACCCUCCCUUCACACCACCCUUCUCCCCUCCCUUCACCCCUCCCUUCACACCUCCCUUUUUAUCUCACUUCACACCUUCCUUCACCCCUCCCUUCACCCCUCCUUUCACACCUCCCUUUUUCUCUCCCUUCAAUCCUCCCUGCAACCAUCCCUUCACCGCUCCCUUCACCCCUCCCUUCACACCUCCCUUCACCCCUCCCUUCAACCCUCCCUUGACCUCUCCCUUCACACCUCCCUUCACCCCACCGUUCACCCCACCGUUCACCCCUCCCUUCACCCCUCCAUUCACCCCUCCCUUCACACCUCCCUUCAGACCUCUCUUCACCCCUCCCUUCACCCCCCCUUCACCCCUCAACUCCCUUCACCCCUCCCUUCACACCUCCCUUUACCCCUACCCUUCAACCCUCCCUUCAACCCUCCCUUCACACCUCCCUUCCACCCUUCCCUUCACCCCUCCCUUCACCCCUGCCUUCAACCCCCCUUCAACCCUCCCUUCCAGCCUCCCUUCAGUCCUCCUUUCAUCCCUCCCUUCACACCUCCCUUCACCCCUCCCUUCACACCUCCAUUCACACCUCCCUUCACCCCUCCCUUCACACCUCCCCUCACACCUCCCUUCACACCUCCCUUCAACCCUCCCUUCAACCCUCUUUUCAACCCUCCCUUCACACCUUCCUUCACCCCUCCCUUCACCCUCCAGCUGAGAGAAGUUGGCUGCAGGCCUGUCAAUACCCAAUUAAAGGAGUUGAAAGCUUCUGUUUUUCACAGAGACUCUUCUCUAUUGUCCAUCAGAGAUACAAGCUUGGUGAAUCUACACAAGGUCAGCAGCACUGUGCUAGAAGCCUCUCAAUCAAUAAACCCUGAUGUCUGA